AUGGCGAGCCACCUGCGGAUUGCUGUCUGCAACAGCGCUUCUGCUCUAGGUGCGCUUACCGGGCUGUACGGCCUUGCCAAAAUUCUGGAAGAGCAGCUCCACUUCGAGCGUCUAGACCGCGCCUACUUGGGGUCGGAGAAUCACCACGAUGCAGCUGCGCUCAAGCUCUGGCACGCGCAACAUGUGCAGCGCUUGGACACCAGAGGCUGCGACCAGAGCACGGCCCGUAAGGAUCUGGAGCAGGUCGGUAUGGACCAGGUCCGCUGGGAAAACCGUGCGGUGUGCGCCAGGCUCGUAAAGGAGGAGCUGGAGCGGAGGAGCGGUGGUGGUGGUGGUGGCCGUGCCGCGGUGGCAGGGACCCUCGAACAUCAGGCAGGCGGUGCUUCCACAGUUGUCAGCAGUUGUGCCCUUCUUGCUGGCCCGCAGGCCAACGUUUCUGCCUCGCAGGUCGCUUCCGCUGCGCCCAUCGACGGGCCGUCUCUGCAGCAGUCGCCUGGCAGUGGGGCCAAGCCGCAGCCAGUUGCCGCCAGCGAUUGGCCAGAGACGGCGAGCUUCACGAUCCACGAGCAGCUCAGCACGAUCCCCGACUCCGACAACGGGGCCUUUAUCCGGGGCAGUUGCCGCAGAGGUGAACUGCUGUCGCUCUACCAGGGCCCGAUUCACGCGCCCGUGACUGGCCGUGUACUCGUUUGGUUACAGAACCUUUUUGCCGGCCAGAACUCGUCGGAAUACAUGUUGUGCUUGACGGACUCUUACAUGAUAGAUGGGGAUGCCGCACGAAGAUCGACAGCCAGAAUCAUCGGCGGGAGUUCUGCGGGCCUGGUCGACAAGUGCGUCUCUGGCGCACUGUUCAACCAUCCGCCCAGCCACGUUGUGCCAAACGCAAUGUUUGUGUCGGUUACGGUCGACACUGCGCAGUACAGCGACCUCCUGAAAGCGGAGCUCAACGAUGUGAAUUGGUAUGCGCGGCAGCCGUGGACAUUCGAUGGGCGGCGCUACGUGCGCACGGCGGCGCUCAUCGCCCUGUGCGACGUCUGCAACGAGGAGCUGUUUGUCGAUUAUGGAUUCCCGUCUGAUGCGGAGGGUGAGUUCACCACGAGGCGGCCAGCAUGGUAUGCGGAUUGCGGGGGCGAUGCUACACGUGCUUAG